AUGGCUAUCUCGGCCCAGUCUCUCGACAGAGACCAGUGGGUGAGUGUUUUUGUGGUUAUCUGUCGGUUGGCGGGUUUAAAGACCCGCCUAGUUCAGUCCUUCACACACUUGACACCUGUCAAAGUGCCCAAGAGCGUCAACCAGGCCAUUGACCGGGCAUUCUCAGGCGACGUUGAAGGUCAAGCGGAGACGUCAAGUGGCAAGCGGAGACGCAUGCACACACAGGAAAUACAGGACUCGCAUGCAGAUACAUACACACACACACAAGCAGAUACAAACACACACACAGACACACAGACACAGACGAACACACAAACACAGAGCGGGAGAGAGAGGGGUAUGCACGGUACAGUGGACGACGCACAUGGCACGACCACACCACCGGAUGGACAGGCACAGGCGAAUGGCAGUGGAAAGCAGAGGAUGGUGGUGUCUCUGGCGGAUACAACACGACUCAACGCACGCACUCAACUGCGACUGAAGGGAAAGUGGAAUAAGGACUUGCUAGGCAAUGAAGGGGAGGGCUCUAGCAGCUGUUCUAAUGCCCAGACAGAUACAAAUACAGAUACAUAUACACAUACACAUAUAGAUACAACUGACGCUGCACAUGCGGACAGGGAUAGGCAUACUCGUACGCGUACAGAAACAAACGCAAUGACUAUCGGUACAGAUAUCAAUUCAGAUUCAGCUAGAGCGGGAGAUAUAGAUAGAACAAGUGGGAUAGACUCAAGGUGGGUGUCUACGCGCUCGUCAAUGCGCACGGGAAGGAGUGCUCAGAGGUCAUCUGCGCAGGCUAGCAGGAGUGCGACUAAGAGUGAUACCGAUCUGCCGUCCAUAGACACGUGGGUGGAGGUCUACGUACGCAAUUCCAACGCACGCAACAAGCGCCUGUGGACCACGGUCAACCCGAUUGUUCUAAAUAUAGAACCCAUACCUACCUCGCGACUGCACCAACCGGUGGUGUAUGUGCUGGGGGUGGAUGAGAGUGGGGAGGUGAAGGACGUUACAGAACGGUAUGCAGAGAAAUGGCUCACCGAGACACAACGGCUGCGCCUACCGGAGAGUCUGUGGAGUGGCUAUGUACUGGGACCGUAUUUGCCCAAGAAUGCAAGGGCAGACCAAGAGGAAAACGCGGUCAUGGCAUUAGGACACCAAAAGAAAGGAUGGCCCACCAUCGCUGGAUUCAGGUCACAUCCCCUCUACGCACUCGAGCGUCAUUGUAACAAAAGACAUGUGUAUGUCAUGUACCUGUUAAUGACUCCCAAAUACGGUGGUGUUGUGAUUUUAUCAGAGAACGCCGGAGUACUCAAUGACGCGUGGAUACAACAACGCAUGGAAAAGGAACGUCUCGCAGAAAGCAAACGAGAGCAAACAGUGCUCAACAAAUGGAGACGCAUGUCCCGUUUUCUGUUGAUACGGGACCGUUUGCGUAAAGGGCAGGUCGUACGCGAUGCGGCGCAGGAGAAGUUUACGGCCAAGUUCGCUGUGAGUCUGUCCGAUUCUGAUAGCAAUUAA